UUCUGUCUGCCUUCAAAUCGCUCAGGCCGAGUUUCCGGCCAUGUAACUAGCCAACGUGUGUUGGCAUCAACGGAAUAAUGGUUUUUGUGUAACUCCUUGCCAGCUUUACGUAAUACUGGUCGACAAGAAGAAUAACCAAGAUGAUGCAAAUUACAGAUUUUCAGAAAAUAGGGGUGGGCUUGGCUGGAUUUGGAAUAGCAUUCUUGUUCAUGGGAAUGCUUAUGUUCUUUGACAAAGGUCUUCUUGCUAUAGGCAAUAUCCUGUUCAUCUGUGGUCUUGCUUUCGUAAUUGGCUUGGAAAGGACAUUCAGAUUUUUCUUCCAGAAGCACAAAGCAAAAGCAACAGGUUUUUUUGCAGGGGGCAUUUUAAUAGUUCUACUAGGUUGGCCUGUUAUUGGCAUGUGUGUAGAAAUGUAUGGCUUCUUUCUUCUGUUCAGUGGUUUCUUUCCUGUGGCUGUAAACUUCUUGAGGCGAGUUCCAGUCUUAGGUACAUUAUUAAACCUCCCUGGCAUUCGAAUGCUGGCAGACAAAGUAGGAGAAUCCAAUUCAAUGGGCAGAGUGUGAGAACGUGAGAUCCUCUUCACUGGUCAUCUUUUUUUUCUUUUUUUUUUUUUAAAUUGCCCUACUCUUAAUCUGGUUCUUCUCAGUUCCCUUUGGUAGGGUGUCCUUCUAGUCUAUGAUGCAUGUGUUAACUACUGCAUCUUUCAUGAUCUAUUCACAUUUGCAAUGUUCUCAGCUUUAUUGUUUACUAAUGAGUAACCAAGGCAAUGUUAUAAUUUUUUUUUAUUGGUUUCAUAACCAUCUCGAUUUCAUUACUUUGACUGUACAUGAUGACCAAAAUUCUUGAUGAAAUAAUGUACAAUCAAUGUGGAAUACCAUGCUUAUCAGUUUUGGCAAUAUAGCUUUGAAAUGGUUCUUUGUAUCAUAAAAAUUAAUGUUAUAAAACUAGAGAGAAAAAGAAAGCUAGUAUAUAUAGUAUCUAAGCAGACUUGCUAUGUAUUGGAGGGGGUUUUGUUUUGGUAACAUUCUAAAAUCUAAAUGAAAAAAUGUGUUUGCAACAGUUGUAGGAAAUUGAAACAGUCCUUUCACUAUUGAAGGAAAUGUAUGUAUGGGGUCAAUGUCUGCAUUUUCUUUGAUUAGAUAAAUGGUGCUAUUAGUGUAACAAGUUCAGCAGUUCUCAUUCUCUGCUGUGCAUUUUAAAUAUUAAAUGUUUCUAUAUCUCUGGGCUUUUUGCUUUCAUUUUCUUCAUUGCUGUUUACCAACAGUCAGUCUAAAGUACACACUUGUCACCAAGCCAGUGAAGGUUGUGGGUUCAGAUCUCACCUUCAGUAUAUUUAAUUUCUGUCUGGAUGUGCCAUCUACAAGACUUAAGUAGCUUGCCAUGACAUAUCUCAGUAGCUGAUUUUUAAAACACCAAAAAAAAAAACCAGCUUAUCAAACCAUUUACUGGCUUUUCUUCUGGCAUAAGAAAAGACCACAACAAAGUAGCUGAAAAAUUUAACUGGCAUUGUCAUAAAUCUGCAGUUAGAAAGAAGUAUGAAUUUCAAAAAUUUAUCGGUAUUACUCAUAAAAAAGAAAUGUGUUCACAUUUAUGAAAGUUGUUUCUUAAAGAUUGAUCAUUAAUAUGAAGCAUUUGUUCGAAAGAUAAAUUAGCUAUGGCUUUACAUUUUAAAAGAUUGUGAAAUGGUAGUUUUCACUAUCAACAACAUCCAAUAAUAAUUGAAGUCAAUUGUGAUGGCCGAUAUUGUGGAAUGGAUUAUUAAAUAUGUACAUGUAUCAAAA